CGCAGCGUCGGGGCGCUCCUCGUCGCGCGCUUCUCUCGCAGCUACGCCUCGAUCGAUCGAUCGAUCGAUCGCUCGGUCAAUGCCGGUUCGACCGUGUCGUGGUACUUUGGAUCUUUCGAGAAGAGUCGAAUUGCUUAUGAAAAUUUUCGUCGAUUCGAGUCAUCGAAAGUCAUGUGGGAUCGCAUUUAAAUCGCGAGGAAAUUCAACGAAUAACUAUAUUUUUUAUUUUAGCGUUGUUCCUAUCAGUUGUUUGAGGUGUUCCCAUAAUAUUUUUAUGAAGGUACAGAUUUGUGUCGCGAUCUCGAUACGUGCAUCAAUUUUAAUUGCACGCACGAGUGAAAAAAAGAAAGAAACACAUAAGUGAGUCAAAUGUCUUGUAUGAGCACUUUUAAUAGAUUUUUAAAAGAAGUUUUCAUUGAGUUUAGAUGAUCGACGAGGCAGUGGUACGUGUCUUCAUCGAGCAUGCGGACAAAAGAUCAUUUGAUUUAAUCACUUUGGGACAUUUUAAAAAUCAGAUGCGGCAACGUGAAAUGCAUACCGCGCACACCGGAAUGUAAAAGAGACCGCGAGAAGAUUUGAUACAAGACACUGUGUAAAGACUGUGCCGCGAUGUCAUCGAGUGGUGAAUUUUCGACUCUGUCGAGCGGCGAAGCCACCGGAACCGGCGAGGACUCGUUGCCCAGCUCGAGAGAAGCAACCGCCGAGGCCGCAGGUUCCGGCGGCGGCUUCAUGCCGCUGCGCGAGUUCCUGGACAGAUUCUCACUGCCGAGAGUGGUCAGGGUCGAAGGUGCCGGUGGAAGGCCGAUAUUGCUGUACAAGCAACAGCAGAAAUCACUCAGAGUCACAGCUACGCUACUGAUGCAUCGUUAUCGUCACGACGUCAAAGUGGGACCGGAAAUAGUCAUCCCGGAAGGUUACCCCGGCUGGUUCUCAGUGGUCUCCAAUAAUAGCGGUACCGGAAAUGCCAGAGUGUACAGAAGAGUCGGCGCGUUAGUACGCGCUGGAGUACCGGCGUUUUUGCUCGCAAAGCCAUUGAGAGCUUACACCUUGACGCACUCUAAAAUGGAGAAUGGAAACUUGCGAGCUCACUACACGAAGACGACGGUGCGCGCCGGCGAGGUCCUGCGGCUGACCGCCGUCUUUCAGGACACACGUCGGGCCCCGGUCGCCAGUGGCGUGUCCGGAAUGAUCCCGGAAGGCAAAUCCUCGAGAUCCUCGGAGAGGGAUCAGUACGCUCAGUGCCUGGACUCUCAUGGGCACGAGCUGUUCGCGCCACUCUCGGCCAGAGGCGAGUUUUACGCGAUCUGUCAGAGUGGCAGCCUCGACACCGGCAGCGACGCGGUGCUUUACAGAGUUCACCAACUCGCUAGGAGGGAUCUUCCCCUGAGGGUACGUCUGGUUGCUGGACCUCUACCCAUACCGUUGCCCCGAGAUUACAGCGGUCUGAUGCAGUUGGAAAACGCAAAUAGAGGACCCAUAGUUCUCGGUUGCGCGGUGCCGUUGAUGCCCGAAAGGCCUUUACCAAAUUCCACGGUGCCGGAGCUCUUGGAACUCGUCGCUACCGGUCCAACCGCGCCACGAGUGAAAAGGGCACGAUUGGGAUGCCCUUCCGAAGCAAGACUGCUCGCAUCUCCGAAAAUGCAGCGAUUACUCUCAGCUUGCAGAAGAGCCUUAGACCAGCGAGCGACCGAGCCUCGAGUUGCUCCGCCGAAACCGGCGUCCAACAACAGUCAACUAAAAGAAUUGCAUUUAAAGGAGAUUAAAGCGAAACCCGAAGCGAAGCCGAUAUUGCAAAGUUUGAAGGAGGGUUUGGAGCACAUCAAGAAGACGACGAUCCGCGACCGGAGCAGCAGCCGCAGUGUUAGCAACAACAAUAGCUUCCUCGACAGGAUCUCGAGGAUAGCGCAGGGUAACAGAAGCAGGAACCCGGCUAAGAAGUCGGCGUCCUUCACGUUCGCCGUACGACCGGAGAUCGGUAUGCGGUCGCCCGAGAGGUACGCCAGUCUCGAGUCGGAAACGAAUCUGAUGCAGGCAGCGCAGGCGUCGUCUAGGCAACAGGUACAACGCUCGAUCUCAACCAGCGUCCUCGAGGUACUCACCAGCAGUACGGACAUGGAUCCGCCGUAUUCCAAGGUUAGAGAUAGUCUGACGCCGUUGCCUCCCACACCGCCGCCAAAACCGGAAGAGAUCUACGCCGAAAUCUGCGAGCUGGGUACCAGCGCUAGCAGUCCGUUGCGAGACUCGUCGCAGGAGGAGGAGAAACUGCCCUCCGCGGGAAAAACCGGCACCAGGGAGCGAGAUCGGGGUUACGUGAAACUCGCGCUGUCUCAUUCCGAGAUAUCCGACAUAUCGGCGAGCACUGGCGACGAUGAAGAGGGUAUUUACAAUACUGUGUGUUGAGUGCGCGUCUUCUUUCAUCGGGAAUGGAAUCAACAUCCGAAUCGUUCAUGACUCGCGACAAUUGACUUCAUAAUUAAUUGAGAUAAAUGACGUGACGUAUCAAGAAUCGAGAUGUUGCGAAGAAAUUUUUUCGCACAUCUGCGAAUAUCGACCAACUGCUAUAAUCACGUGUGAUGUUGGCGGACGUUUGUUAAGAUCAUUUGGAGAUUUCUAAUAUUAGAAUAGUCGAGCCAGUAAGUUUUUAAAAAAUUUUUUUUUAAUGACAGAGUACAUAAAGACCAAGUGUUUUAUGGAUUAAAAACUUAUUUUAUUUUUAUAUGCAAGAUUGGAAAUUAUUCUUCCAAUGUAAGUAAUUUUCCACCGAUUCUCGACUGUUCUACUAUUAAAGAGGAAGGCUAAGCAGAAAGAUAAGGCGCGUUAUUCCGGGUUGGAUACAAAACACGAGAAGUCGGAAGCGAUAUAUCGAUCGCGAAAGAUGAGGACCGAGAUUAACGUCUCGGCCCGUCGCCGAGGAAAUUGCUCCGCUAGCAGUUUCUUUCGUCGCGGGCGGAUCCGGGUGUCGAGGAGUCGCCGAUACGAACGUCGAACCAUGGGAUACCACGCGGAAUGAUUUACAAGGCUGUUGGAACCGAGGAAAAUGAUGCCGUAAUUACGGGCCCCGAUACACGCUGCUGCUGCGGAUGUAGCGGGGCACGCCAGCCGGGCCUAGCACGCAGCAACGCUUCUUCGUGGCUUCCGUCAUUAAAGAAUCUGUCGUCUCGCGAGAAGCAUGUUAAUAGUAGCGAGCUCCGCGAUUAUCUUGGUUACGGCCACUGGGUGACAAUAUCGAAAAAAUGCACUCGGAAAAUAAUCCGUUCAUCCGUUCGCUAUAUAAAAAUUGUUAUCGAUUAUUUAAAUCUAACAAACGUGUAUUUAUUUUGUCAGCAAUGGAGCAAACGAACUUUCAGAUUUGAUCAAAUUCAAAUUUUUUAUUAUUGAAAAUUCUAUUCGGAAAAAGCUUUUUUCUUUUUUAUUUUGUACGAACACUUAGAGACCUGAAGAUCGCGGUUUGCGCCACGUAUUUAAUUUGUCAUCGAUAGUGAUUUUUAUAAUCGUUUUAUACGAUCUUGAAUUCAGUAUUUUGCAUGAUAAUAUAAGAACACGACGCGCCGAGUGGAAUUUUCUAGGAUGGAUGAUGACGCUUUAUGUGAUCACGUAUAAGGAGAAACGUGAAACGGAUCGUUGAACGUCGAUGUAAACUUCCCGAACACGAAGCCAGUGUGUAUCGCGGAGCACGCAACCGACGCGGCAUGAAGAAGUCGACGGUAGAAUGUAAACGAGCCGGUCGGCGGCUUUUAGGAAGAGGAAAUUACCGGCGUCCUUCGAAGGUCUAGGUCAUCAUCGGGACCGCGUUGCGGCUUAGAACGAGGUAGUCGACGGUAACGGCUUGAUCGUCGAAUCGAAUCGAGCCGAGCCGCGCUCGUUCGCUUGAUCGCGGCGAUAUUUUGUGACGAUUAAUUCAUUAAAACAUUAGCUUGUCAUGCUUCACGGCAUUUGGCUUCCUUUUCGAUGUACGAUGACCCCGAAGUUUCGCGCGCUCUCGUGCCCGAUUGCGUGACGUUGCGCGAUUGGCUGUUAAACGCGUGAUUACAAACCUCGCCAGUACAUAGCAGGUAUUGCGUUCGCGAAACGCUUCGAGGAAACCGGCAGAUCUCCUGUAUCUUUCUCUUUUGCUCCAUCGCCUAUUUUUUUUUUUCUCUGUCUCUCUUUCUCUUGCAUGACGAAGCGCUUGGAGCUGUCAGUCGGUCGCUACAUCGUACGAGCGAGAAUGAUGAAGAAAGGGCGUAAAAAUCAAGGGAACGAUGGGCGCCUAAUGGGAAAUACCCGCGGGAGAACGCGAGAAAAACCAGGACUCGCUUGCUGAAGAUUCUCAGAGAAUCCUAACGGGUGUAAUCUUGUCUAAUUCGACGCCCCUUCCUUCCAUUCCCUUCCUCCAAAUCGCGUGCGCGCGAUAAUGAUGUAAUAUUUGCAGGUUUUGUGUAUAUUCAAAUGAAGUCGUUAGUGAAAAUAAAGACAGAGCGUUUCUACAACAAAAUAAA